GGUCUUGGAGUAGGUUGGUUAAUUUGGUUUGGUAGUCAGAUGUGUUCAUAACCACCGUGGCGUUGCCCUUGUCUGCUGGUAGGAUUAUUAUGCUGGUAUCUUUUUUCAGGUUAAGUAGUGCUGUCUGUUCCUCUUUGGGUAAGUUGCUUUUGGGUGGCUUGCUGGUGCAGAGGAUGUUGGAGAUCUCGAGUCUGAUAUAUAUAUAUAUAUAUAUAUAUAUUGUACGCAAACAACAACAUACAAUAUAUCUUUUCUGAACAAAAUAUCAGCCAGGUACAUGUUUAUAUCCAGUUUAGUUUUUUCCAACACUUCUUAUAUGCUUUCAUCGAUAUAUUUCCCUUCCUUUAUUUUUUUAUUUCCCUAUUUGCAUUUCUCUUAAAAAUCUAAUCUAACCCUCCAUCCCCAAAUUUAAUCUUUGAUCAAAUUUAUUCCUCUUUUUCUCCCCUUUCUCUUUUCCCAUUUAUGUUGAACCCUUAUAUCCCCAUUUAUUAAUUUCUUUCUUUUCAAUCUCCUGUAUAGAAUCAACAUCAAUCAUAUCUUUACAUUUCAUUGACUGUUUUUAAAUUGUUAUCCAUAAUUCUAUAAAGAAUAUAAAAAACAAGUCAAACUCUAUUUUUUUUCAAAUUAGCUUCUACAUUAUUCUUAAUAAAAACAUAAUAACCUUCAAACAUUUCCAUCAUUUCAAAAAGUCCAAUAUUUAUGUAAUCCCAUCUUUUUAAUAUUUCAACCUAUAAUUUAUUUCAGUUCUCUUCUUUUCUUUUUCUUUUUAAAAAUUCCUUACUCUCUUUGCUUGUCCUAUGUUUCUAUCCAUUCUCUUUUUCUUCCCUUCUCCCAUUUUUUGUUUUUCUCCAUUAGUCCCUAUGUAAUCCUUUGAUUUUGUGCUUUUUCCCUUCCUUUCUUUCUUUCCUUGUCUCUUCCUUCCCUCCUUAUUCUAUUUUUUCCCUUCUUGCUUUCAGUGUUUUCUCAUUUAUUUUCCUCAAUUUCUUUAUGCUAUUUCCCUUUUUGUUUCCCCUUUUUCUGGGAAUCUCUUUACCUCUCCCCUUAAACUGUUUUAAAGUUUCACAAUCAUUUAAUAGUUCAUCAUCAUUAUUUUUUUCUUUAUCUUCUAAUGCCCUCUCUUGCUUCAUGGAUUCUUUGUUUCCUGUCAGUUCCGAUGCAGUUCUUAUUUCUUCUGGUUCCUGCUUUCCAUACGGUCUUGUAAUUAUUUCUUUUAUUUCUUGCUUAAAAGUCAUGUGCGUCUUGCUCAUCAUUUCAAUUAUUCUCUAUGCCAAUUUUUUUAGGGUUGUAGUUCUUGUUUUUAUCAAAGUCAGACAGUUUGUUGACAAAAUCCUCCCUUUCGGUUCUCACCAGCCUUAUCACAACAGUAAAGAAGUUUUCCACAGCAAACAUUAGUCAGUAAUUUUCUCUUUUGCCUGAGGGUGUAACUUUCCAAUCCACAGUUCUAAUCAACAAUUAGCGAAGGUAUCCAUUUUGUUUCUUUUACUUACUUUUGUUUCUUUUACUUCUUUUAUCUUGUUUUGUUUCAAUUUUUUAUUUCUUCCAGUUAGCACCAUUUAAAAUCUAUAAUCCAAUUUACUUAAUUCCAAUUCAUAGAGGAAAAAGAAAAUCAGAGAAAUUCCACCAGAUUGUAAUUUUAAAUCCUCUGAUUUUUUUCCCUUUUUUUCCCCUUUUUGUAUUCUGCAACAAAUUUUAAAAGUCUCCAAAUUUUCCAGUUUUAAUUAAGGAUUGCCUUAUUUUUUCUUUAUUGUUUUAGGGGUCUCUGCUUCAAUUUUAAAAGUCAAAUUUCUCUCAGGUCUUUGGGUGCUGCUUCUUUGUUUUUUGUUCUCUAAAGUCCUUCUUAAUUUAGCCCCUAUUCCACCGCCAAAGAAUAUUUUGCAAAUAUCAAGUUUUAAAAUGCUUCUCUGUGAGUUGGUAUUCACUCACCCAGCUUCGAUAUUUCAUCCAAAUCACUGUUCCUGCUCAAAAACUUGGUUCGGUUGCCCCAGCUUAGUGAUGGCUGCCAUAGCCGUCUCCCCCGCCAUUGGGUCGAAGAGUUCUCCUCCAACCUCUGAGGAACUUGCCGGUUCUUUUCAGUCGUCUGAGGCAACUCUCCUUCUUCACUGUCCCUACAGGACAGUUCUGGUCCAAAGACCCCUCAAAUGGCGGUUUGUCGGCCCGGGGAUUUGCAGAGCUCGGAUUUGCAGAGCUCGGCGGAGCUUGCUUUCCCCUGUCUGUCUCACCACAAUGCUUCUGGUCGAAUCAGCCAGCAUGUUUGUUGUUGUGAACAAAAUAGGAGACAGAAGCAGUGGUGGGUUUCUACCCGGUUCGGGUGAACUGGUUAUGGCAGCGGCGGGAGGCUCCACCCAGCUGCCCGGACAUCAUCACAGAUGCUCUGCAUAUGCGUAGAAGGUUCUGCGCAUACAUAGAAGUGCCAUGUGCGAGCAUCCACAUGUGCAUGCUCCUGGUUCCAAACUGGUAGCGAAGGUAAGAGGAACCCAGUACUGGACGGAAGGUAUGUUGGAUAUGUUUAUUGCCUUGAUUUAUUUAUAAAAUAAUAAAAGCAGAUAAUAAAUAAAUAAAUAAUAAGGAAAAAAGGAGGUGAGUCUGCUUAGCAAUGUGAUCUUCUCUAUUCUAGAAAGGAGGACUUUGGAAUCCAAUAGAAUCUUGGUCACCACAGAAUGGGAAACAAAAAUAGUGCUAAACCACCAACUUCCUCAACAGUCCCUACAUCGAAGUCUGUAGGAGGCAUGAUCCAGGAUCUUCAGGAAGACAUCAAAUGUUCCAUUUGUUUGGAUUCCUUAAAUAACCCUGUCUCCAUAGAUUGUGGGCAUAAUUUCUGUCAAGAAUGUCUGUUUGUUCACUUGAAUAAUUCUCCACAGUCUGAGUACAAUUGCCCUGAAUGCCGCCAUCUCUGCCACCCUGAACACAUGAAGCCAGAUGCACGGCUGAAAAGUUUGGUGGAAAAAAUUUCACAGUUUCCUCACCUGGAGGAGGUCAACAAGAAGAUGCCAACAGCUUCAUUGGAAUUGGGGCAGCCAGUACAGCUAGUAGGUUUGGAUGAAAAUGGGGAUCUCUACUUGGAUGCGGAGGCCCUGAGUAGUUGCUUAGAGCAGGAAGAGGUGAAAGAUACUCCCAUCUGCUUGAUUUCCAUAGUUGGGGAACAGCGACAGGGUAAAUCUUUCUUGUUAAAUUUCCUCCUACGGAGACUUAAAAACUUGGCUGUUACAGAUAACUCUUGGCUGGGCCAAGAAGAUGAGCCAUUGACAGGUUUUGAGUGGCAUCCAGGAACUAAGAGUAUCACCAAAGGGAUAUGGAUAUGGAAUCAGCCAUUUUUGGUCCCUGAUGAAAAUGGAAAGGUAGCCUUGUUUUUGAUUGACACCGAGGGCUCAAUGGAUAUAGAGAGAAGCAAGGAUAAUGGUGUCAAGCUUUCAGCUUUCUCCAUGCUGUUAAGCUCCUAUCAGAUUCUCAAUUUAUCCCAUAAGAUGAAGGAUCCAGACUUGGAAUACAUGGAAAUGUUUUUGUACAUAGCGAAGACUUUGGGCCAUCAAUUCAAGCUGAAGCCUGUUCAGCAUCUUGAUAUCUUGGUUCGUGACUGGUUCUAUCCCCCCACCUAUGGAUUCGAGGGUGGAAAAAAUUAUCUCCAUGACAUCAUCCAGAAGCUGGAAGGUCAACCCAACCGGUAUUCACAAUCCCUGGAAACAUUCAAAAGCACCAACACUUCUUGUUACCUGAUGCCCUUCCCUGGCAAGGCAUUGGUGAUGGGAACUGAAGGCACCAUAGCAGGUAUGGAUGAGGAUUUUAGGGGAUUCCUAAAGGAUUAUGGGAAUCAUAUUGCCAAAUCAGCUGGAAUGCACGUACAGAGAAAUCAGGAGAACAAACCUCUCACCGGGACUGAACUUGCUGAUAAGAUAAAGGCUUUGUCAGAACUCAUGAAACAAUAUCACAGUGGUUUUUCCUCACCAACAGAGAUGGCCUAUACCUUCAACCAGAACAACAAUAAAAUGUUCCAGAUGAAAUUUAAAAAGUUCAUCCAAAAGCAGGAUAAAUUCUCACGCUCAGUGUUGGCAAGCCUACGAGUGUCCCCAAAUUCGAUGGCUAAGCGCUUGAAGGAGAAGCAAAAGAAACUGCUCCAAGAGUUCCAAGACUCAUUCCAGGGUGACGAGCUACAUCGGACCGAAUUUUUAACUUGCCUGGAGUCAUACCAGGAGUGUGAAGCUAGUGACUUCUUGGAAGAUUAUAGACGCCGCUUCAAAUCCUCUGCUAUCAAAGCUGGAGUAGCCAUCGGGGUGGGUGCUGUGGGGUUAGCUGGUGGAGCUGUUGGAGCUGGUAUAGCAGCAGCCUUGUUGGCAGGUGAAGCCAUCAUGCUGGGCACUGGUGUUACUUUUGCAAUUGGGACUGUGGCUGGGGCAAGCACAUUUGGACUUGUUGGGGGAGGAGUGGGAGCUGGUGUGGGGAGCCGCAUGGGGGAUUCUAAGAGCAAUGAUAACAAGAAAGAGGCUAAAGAUGAUAAUAAGACAGAAGAGGAAGAGGAGGAGGAGGAAAAUAUGUCAGAUGAGAAAAGUCUUAUUAGCUGAUGAGGUUAAUCUUAAGAAUUGAAGCCCCACACUUCAUUAAAGAACAAAUCCCUGCUAUAAAGACACAAAUUUCAAGAGACUGGUCUCAUGUGCACAGAAUUAGUUAUUCUGUGACCAUUCUGGGAUAGCCAUAAAAUAGCAUAGUUCCAGCACAAAGAUUUGGACUUGCAAGUGACAAUAUAAGACAAAGGCAAAUGCUUCAUCUAUCAGCAAUUAAAAGAAUAAUUAUUUCCGCUGAAUCUACCCCUCCUACUGGGGGAGAGUGGGCUGCAAUGAAUUACCAAGCCUUUUACAGUAGCAUGUUUCUCCUGCUCUAGCAUCUAUUCCCAUGAUGGCAAACCUAUAGCAUGCAUGCCACAGGUGACAUUCAGAGCCAUAUCUGUGAGCACGGGAGCAUUUCCCUAGGUCAGCUCCAGCACGCAUGUGUGUGCCAGCCAGCUGAUUUUCAGGCCUUCCAGGCCCACUGGAAGUCAGGAAAUGGGUUGUUUCUGGCCUCUGAGGGAGUAGGGAAGGCUGUUUUCACCCUCCCAAGGCUCCCAGAAAGAUCCUGGAGCCUGGGGAGGGCAAAAAAAGGGCCUACCUGAUCCACCGUACCAAAAGCGGGGAAGCAGGGGGGAGAGCGCAUGCAUGGGUGCGUUGAAUUAUGGGUGUGGGCAUGCAUCUGACACCACCCCCCCAUGCUCCCCACGCUUUUGGCACGCAGCAGUAAAAAGGUUAGCCAUCACUGACCUAUUCUAAAGGAGAAAAGGAAAUUAUAUCUACAGCAUUAGCUGUAAACAUGGAGCUACUUGAUGAUAUCCAUUCUGCAAUAGUUUGCCUUGGAUCAAAAUCUAGAACAGACUGAAGUGGGCUUUGUUGUCAUCUCAAAAUUUAUUACAAGAGGCAAUUCCUUCACCCUUCACAGAAGAAUUGUAACACCUCCCAGAUGGAGCUGCAUCAAAAUUUAAAUGUGUGAUUUAUGUUGUGUCAUAGUUACAACCUUUCCUGAACAGGGAAGCCCUUCACUUGAUUUUUCAUGCCCCAGUCAUCUCCUGUCUGGAUUAUCGCAAUGCACUCCACAUGGGGCUACCAUUAAAAAUUAUUCAGACUCUUCAGUUAUGUGAGCUGAUUGGGUUCUGGUUUAUUUCCAUAUCCAAUAUAAGGUGCUGGUUACGACCUUUAAAUUCCUAUAUGACAUAAGGCCAGAUUACCUGUGCAAUUGUCUUUAUCCCAUUACAUUGAUCUGCCCCCACCUGGUCAGGCAAAGAAGGUAUGCUGCAGAACCCAUUAAGUAAAGAAUUUUGACUGAUGGGCUAAAGGAAGAGAGCUUUCUCUGCCAUUGCCCUCAUUCUUUGGACAGUCUCCCCCAGCGGUGAAGCAGGCCCCCACUCUCCUAGCUUUUCAUAAAUGCUUGAAGACUUGGCUCUGUUGAUCCAGUUGGGACCCACAGAUGAGCACACAACCAUGGGGCUGGCUAGCACCCCAAAGCCUCUCCCUGCCUUUUUAAUCUUGAACUUUAACUAUUCUGUUCCUGUUUUUAAUUCUUUUUAUUAUAAUAUGUAUAGCUUUUAUGGUUUUAUAAUCUUUUUAUACCUUGCCCAGAAUCCCCUCCCACGAGGGAGUUGGGCAGUUUGUAAAUAUGAUAUAAGAUAUAUAUUAUAUCAUGUAAUAUAUAUGACAUAUUACAUGAUAUAAUAUGAUUCAAGAUUCUGGUGAUCAUCUUAAAAGCAGUAUAUGGCCAAGACCAAGUCAAUUGAUGGCCCAGUGAGAACAAGACCUGUUAAAGGUCCCUGUACUGAGAGAAUAUCAUGUUCAUGGUUCCCAUUCCUAAACUUGAGUUCCCAAUCUGAGGCCAUAGCCCAUUCCAGUCCGCAGCCUAUUUGCAAUGAUUGCAUGAGUAACCUGGUGCAUGCACAUGUGCGAAUGUUCACUGCCCUACUUGCAUGAGCAUUGGGGCUUGCGGUCCCACUCAUGUGAGCAACAGGUGCUUGCACACGCCCACGCCCACGCCCUGCUUUUACCAUAAAACAAUCACCUCUUUUCCUCCCCACCCCCCACCGGCUGCCACCCUGGAAAGGCUAGGGAACUUUGCCUAAGCUUUUUCAGUGGUAGCAACCUCUUUUGCAAAUAUCUUUCCCAAAACAUACAUUCCCAAUAAAUUUUCAGAGAAUUUUAAAGACUCUUUUGGAAGAUAUUUAGGAGAGAGAUGAAAUGCUGGGAUCAUAGGAUGUUCUUUGUGAUUCCAUGUUUUUAAGUUGUACUACUAUAAUAGAUUGUUGAUAAUGAUGGAUUGAUGAUAACUGAUGGAUAACAAGCUAAACAUUUUUUUUUUACAAUAAUGUAAAUACUUUGGCUGUAUUGGCUGCACAUUUACCAAAAACUUUCCUUACUAAGCUUAUGAUGUACUGAAUCUUAUGACGUUACCGGAAUAAUAAUAAAAAAAUUCAAUUUUUUUUAACAUUGA